AUGAUGGCAGAAUCUAGAACAGAGUUAUUAUCUUGGCUUAACGAUCUUUUGAGGUUAAAUUAUACUAAAGUAGAGCAAGCAGGAACAGGUGCUGCCUAUUGUCAAAUCAUGGACUCUAUAUUCUAUGAUGUUCAUAUGUCAAAGGUUAAAUAUGAAACUAAACAUGAAUAUGAAAAUAUUUCAAAUUUUAAAAUACUUCAACAUACUUUUGAUAAACACAAAAUCGAUAAGAUUAUCCCUGUUGAUAAACUAAUCAAAUGUAAGUUUCAAGACAACUUGGAGUUUAUGCAAUGGAUGAAACGCUUUUGGGACCUUCAUUAUCAAGGAGAAGAAGUGUAUGAUGCUCUUCAACGUAGAAAAGGGGGUAACAAGACAAAGAGUCCUUCUGGCAUGAUUCAUUCAACUGCUACUAAUACCAUAAAGACACGUAAGACAGUUAACCAUAAUCCAGUACGAAAUAUAACAAAUCAUACAGCAGCAACAGGCCGUUUAUCAUCUGCAAAAGGGGCCCAUAAUGGUCAUACGAUGGAUAAAAACCCAAAUACGGCCAUCCAAGAUUUAAAUAGGCAAAUUAUGGCAUUAAAAACGACAGUAGACGGACUUGAGACGGAGAGAGAUUUUUAUUUUAGGAAAUUAAGAGAUAUUGAAAUUUUAGUUCAAGAAUAUGUAGAAAUAAGUCAUCAUGAAUAUUCAGAUAGCCUUAGACAAAUUCAACAUAUUCUUUACCAAACUGAAGAUGGAUUUGAAGUCCCGCCUGAGGGUGAAGAAGUUCAUAAUGAUGAUGAUGAUGAUGAAACGUUUUAA